GCCAUUGCCGUCAGUUCCGGCGGCAGCGGGGCGGCUCCUGUCCCGGCUGUGAGUGCCGCUUCCCCGGUUACCGCCCGGCAGCCGCGUCCCCCUGUGCUAGACCGGCUCCCGUCCCGGCUGUGAGUGCCGCGUCCCCCUGUCCUAGAGCGGUUCCUGUCCCGGCUUAGCCUGCAGCUGAUGCAAAAUGAGUGUUCCUGACUACAUGCAGUGUGCUGAGGAUCAUCAGACCCUCCUGGUGGUGGUGCAGCCCGUGGGCAUUGUCCCUGAAGAGAGCUUUUUCAGGAUCUACAAGCGCAUUUCGGCUGUGAGCCAGGUGAACGUGCGCGACUCGCAGCGAGUGCUCUACAUCCGCUACAGGCACCACUACCCCCCGGAGAACAACGAGUGGGGCGAUUUUCAGACUCACCGCAAGGUCGUGGGGCUGAUCACCAUCACAGAGUGCUCUUCAGCCAAGGAAUGGCCUCAGACUUUUGAAAAAUUCCAUCUUCAGAAGGAAAUGUAUGGUUCUACUCUGUAUGACUCCCGCUUGUUUGUCUUUGGGCUUCAAGGAGAGAUUGCAGAGCAGCCCCGCACAGAUGUCGCCUUUUAUCCCAGUUAUGAUGAGUGUGAGACUGUGGAGAAGAGAAUAGAAGAUUUUAUUGAGUCCCUCUUCAUAGUGCUGGAGUCCAAGCGUCUCGACAGAGCCACUGAUAAGUCUGGAGACAAGAUCCCCCUGCUCUGUGUCCCUUUUGAGAAGAAGGAUUUCGUAGGUCUGGACACCGACAGUAGUUUGUUGUUGGGUCUAAAAAGACACUACAAGAAGCGCUGCCAGGGCCGCAUGCGGAAGCACGUGGGGGAUCUGUGCCUGCAGGCGGGCAUGCUGCAGGAUUCCCUGGUGCACUACCACAUGGCAGUGGAGCUGCUGCGCUCUGUCAACGACUUCCUCUGGCUUGGAGCUGCCCUGGAGGGGCUGUGCUCAGCAUCUGUCAUCUAUCACUACCCAGGGGGCACUGGGGGUAAAGUUGGCUCUCGCAGGGCCCAAGGAGGUUCUCUGUCUGCUGAGGCAGGCAACAGGCACAGGCCAGGGGCACAAGAAGUUCUCAUUGAUCCAGGUGCUCUGACUUCCAACGGGAUCAAUGCAGAUACCAGUGCUGAGAUAGGACGUGCCAAGAACUGCCUGAGUCCUGAGGACAUCAUAGAAAAAUAUAAAGAAGCCAUUUCUUAUUAUGGCAAGUACAAGAAUGCUGGGGUGAUUGAGCUGGAAGCUUGUGUGAAGGCUGUGAGAGUCCUGGCAAUGCAGAAGAGGAGCAUGGAAGCCUCUGAGUUUCUGCAGAACGCAGUUUACAUCAACCUUCGGCAGCUCUCAGAAGAGGAGAAGAUCCAGCGGUACAGCAUCCUGUCGGAGCUGUACGAGCGCAUCGGCUUCCACCGCAAAUCGGCGUUUUUCAAGCGCAUCGCGGCCAUGCAGUGCGCGGCGCCCAGCAUCCCCGAGCCCGGCUGGAGGGCCUGCUACAAACUGCUGCUGGAGACCCUGCCUGGCUACAGCCUCUCCCUGGACCCUCAGGACUUCAGCAAAGGAACUCACAGGGGAUGGGCUGCAGUGCAGAUGCGCCUGCUCCAUGAGCUGGUCUACGCCUCCAGGAGGAUGGGCAACCCUGCCCUGUGUGUCAGGCACCUCUCCUUCCUGCUCCAGACCAUGCUGGAUUUCCUUUCUGACCAAGAAAAGAAAGAUGUCACGCAGAGCUUGGAAAGCUACACAGCAAAAUGCCCUGGGACAAUGGAAGUCAUCACUCUUCCAGAUGGUUUGAAGCUACCUCCUGUUCCCUUCACCAAAUUGCCUAUUGUGAAAUCUGUGAAGCUCUUGAACCUCCCAACCAGUCUCCGACCUCACAAAAUGAAAAGUUUACUUGGUCAGAAUGUGUCAACCAAAAGCCCCUUCAUAUAUUCUCCAAUUAUUGCUCACAGUCGUGGGGAAGAACGAAAUAAGAAAAUAGAUUUCCAGUGGGUCCAGGGAGAUGUGUGUGAAGUUCAGCUGAUGGUGUACAACCCCAUGCCUUUUGAGCUCCGAGUAGAAAACAUGGGUCUCUUGACAACUGGAGUAGAAUUUGAGUCUCUGCCUGCUGCCCUUUCCCUCCCUGCAGAAUCUGGGCUCUAUCCUGUGACUCUGGUUGGAGUUCCCCAAACCACAGGGCAGAUCACUGUCAAUGGUUAUCAUACUUCAGUUUUUGGAGUCUUCAGUGAUUGCCUUCUGGACAAUCUGCCAGGAGUGAAGACCAAUGGCUGCACUGUUGAAGUCAUUCCAGCUUUGCCAAGGCUGCAGAUCAGCACCUCCCUUCCAAGGUCUGCUCAUACACUUCAGCCUUCUUCAGGGGAUGAAAUCUCCACUAAUGUGUCUGUCCAACUGUACAAUGGAGAGACCCAGCAGCUCAUCAUUAAAUUAGAAAAUAUUGGAGCAGAGCCUUUGGAGAAACUGGAGGUGACAGCAAAAACAGUCAACACCAAGGAGAAGCUGUAUGGAGAUUUCUUGAGUUGGAAUCUAGAAGACACCCUCUGCCAGUUUCCUCUAAAACCUGGAAAGAUUGCAACAUUUGUUGUAAACAUUAAAGUGAAGCUGGACUUUUCUUGCCAAGAAAACCUUCUGCAGGAUCUCAGUGAUGAUGGAAUCAGUGUCAGUGGCCUCCCACUCUCCAGUCCUUUCAGGCAGGUUGUCAAACCAAGAGUGGAGACCAAACCUCUUAAUCCCCAGGAAAGCAGCAAAGUUGGUGAUUUCAGUCACGUCAAGACACUGGAAGCCAUUCUGAAUUUCAAGUACUCUGGUGGACCAGGACAUGCUGAAGGAUACUACAGGAACCUUGCCCUGGGUCUCCACGUGGAGGUGGAGCCCUCUGUUUUCUUCACUCGCAUCAGUACCCUGCCAGCAACAAGCACCAGGCAGUGCCACCUCCUUCUUGAUGUCUUCAAUUCCACAGAGCAUGAGCUGACCAUCAGUGCCAGGAACAACGAGGAUUUAAUUCUGCACGCCGGGGAGUGCCAGCGAAUGGCUAUCCAAGUGGACAAGUUCAAUUUUGAGAGCUUCCCAGAAUCCCCAACUGAUGGAGCACAAUUGGCGAAUGCAAAGCAGCUGGAAGAAGAGAGGCAGCAAGCAAGAGGCCUGGAGAUUAACAGCAAGCUGGAUAUUUGCUGGAAAAUUCCUUCCUUGAAGCGUGAAGGGGAGGCAAGUGUGGAGGGGGUUCUGAAUCAGCUGGUCCUGGAGAAUCUGCAGUUGGCUCCUCUCCAGUGGGACAUCCUGGUUGAUGGCAAGGUGUGUGACUGCGACGCCGUGGUGACGUGCCAGGUGGGGGACCCUGUGCCCCUGCAGGUGAAGCUGACCAACUGGAGCAAGCACAGCGUGGGGCCCUUUGCUCUCACCAUGAUGCCCUACCAGGACUACCAGAAUGGGGUGCACAACUAUGAGCUGCAGGAUGCCAUCACCUUCGUGGGCUCCAACACCUUCCACAUCGACACUGUAAAGCCAACCAAAGACUCUGUGUACUUUGGAGCACUUCUCUUCCUCUACACGGGCGAUUUCUACCUGAACAUCAAAUUCCAUGAAGACAGCAGCAGCAGGGAGCUGCCUCUGUCCUGGCUCUGCCUUCCCAGUGUCCACAUCCGUGCCACAGAGCCCGUGGCCCCAGCUCAGCUGUGAAUGUGGAAUAUGUGAAUGUGCACUGGGUGCUGUUGAUCACCCAGAGCACACAGCAGAGCUUGGCACAGCCUCUGCUUGACCCCAGCUUGUUUCUGUCCAACCCCAGGACACAGUCUCUGCUCUGGAGGAACAGCUGAACACUUUCUGAAUUGCCUGACAGUCAUUUGGACAGCUGCUUCAGCUAAUUUCAGAGGGAGAGAGAUUAUAACUGUGCUGAAGUUUUCCUCUGUUUUCAGAAAGCCUUUGAAACUAUUUGCAUUAUACUUCAAUAUGCUCCAUUGAUAUCAGUGGUUUGAAAGAGUCUUGAGGGCUGAAUUUUGCAAUGUGUUUGAAGGUCUUAAAUCCUGUUUGAAUAAUCCUGUUUGAUCAUUUUUUUCAGUAAGAUUUGUGUGUCUGUAUGAAAUUCCUCCUGGUCUAUGCUGGACCCAUGGCAUGUUCCCUUGGGAUGUAGAUCUCUGUUAGAUUUGUUCUCUGGCUUGCUCAUGAUCAUUUGUUUGCUGAGAAUUUGGUGUCUGGUAGCAAAUAGCAGUAGUGGUGCUUUUCAGUGUGCUACUGAAAGUAAGAAUAGCCUCCAGUUAUUCUGUGCCUCCCCUGAGCCCAGUGCCACUUGCUCCUGCUAAAGUCACUGCCUUUAGUUUGGCAGAUCUAUGAACUAGAAAGGAGAGAGGGUGAGGAAGAGCAAAAAGAGUUUUGUCCUUGGGAGAAUAAAUAAGCCAACUUUUGGGCUUCCUAAGGCUUGGCUGUGAAUUUAGGCUUUCACAGUUCUGUUCUUUUUUUUUUUAGUUUUGUUUUUUUGGUUUUUUUUUUGGUUGGGUUUUUUUUUUUUGUUAUUGUUGUUUUUGGUUUUUUUUUUUUGUUUUCCUAAAGUUUGGGGGUGUUUUUAAGUUUAAUUAUUAAGCAGUUUAGGCCGUGGAAUUCCUGAGUGUGAGAGUAGUUGCUGAAUGUACAGAUAAUUUAGACUAUUUUUCAGAAUGAUGUUUUUGUAUAGUGAGACAUGUUUUUACCCCAUGUAAAGCAGGGAGAUGCUUUAGCUGUAUGAUUAAUACAUUAUUUCGUGGACCAUAUGUUUAAAAACUAUCUCAGUCUUUUCUUAAAUGCACAGUUAAAUUUGGUGGUAGUGUGCUUUGGGGAUGGAUACACCAAGAUGUGGCAGGGACACUCCAGUUAGCUCUACAUGAUUUAAAUCCACAUGCACAACCUCUCUGCAAAUUCUUUGUUUCUUUAGAAUUCAUGCAGACAUGGGCCCUGCUGAAUGCCUGGCCUGACCCUUCCUGCUCAGUUCUGGCUCUCUGCACCAAGCCCAGGGGUACUUUUAGGUGUGACUGGUGUUUCCUACAGUGCUCCAAACCCCAUUCAUUGCAUGCUUGCAAGUGACUAUUCAUCCUAAAAAUAUUCCCAAGCUGGGGAACUGUGGCUGUAGCAUGGUAGUUGCAUUUCCAGUGUAUCUCUACAAAACUGGAAUUUUAAAAACCUGUGUUGUGGCAAUGUUAUCAAUGUUUGUGCUUGAGCUGUGGCUCUGGACUCAGCCUUGAAAGUGGAAGUUUUCAGUCUUGACCUGAUGAAAAUCUGAGCCCUGCUGAGGAUUUAUUUGCAGUCAUUCCCUGCUCUGUCAGGUGCCAGUGAGGUCCAGUAACAAAACCCCUGGAAGAAGGGUCCAACAGCUGAGUUGGGCCUGCUUUUCUGUGUUGGUGGAGCUUGGCUGACCAGAUUGUGCCAUGAGGCUGAAUUCUCUGUCACUGGAUAGGCAACACCCAGAAAAAUGAGAUCCAAGGAGAGCAGGAACUAAACCAGUGCAUCUUCUCUAAAAUCUUGGUUUUGACAUGAGUGUCCGGACUAUGUUGCACAACACUGUUGGAGCAAAAUUCAAAUUGGGUUUUAUUCAAUGUUCCCAGAAGAUAAUCUGCAGAUUCUAGGAAUACAGCUAAGGCUUUAUAAGGACCACAUUGAAAUAAAAAUAUUUUAAAGUAGACGCUGUUGUAGUCAGGAUGCUUCAAUUUACUCAGCUAAGGGCCUGUUCUCUAAUUAUUUUCAACAGCAUUCUCUGAGAAGAGAAGGUCUUGUUCUGUGGAGCUGUCCUAGUAUGCAACAUUCCAGUGCCUUUUACUUAUGAAGGAUCCUUAUCUACAGCCCACUGAAGCUGUUGGAAUGGGAACAGGUUUUAUUACAAGAAAAGCAGGCUGCAUAUUUUCUAGGUAUCCAAUAUGCCAUUAUAAAUCUGCCACAUGUGCACAUAAAUAUCAGUUCUUAUGUGUGAGCUGACCCUUAAAGGUCUAUCUGUUCAUUAUAUAGCAGAUUCUGUCCCUUGUCAACUUGGACACUGAGUUGCUUUUGGCAUUUAUGAUAUCUUCCCCAGUUUUCUCAGACUUCUACUUGUCUUGGUGAAAGAGAUUAAACACAAGAAGUUCUUCCUUCUGGGGGUCAUUUCUAACUUGUCCAGAAGGAAGAUAUUUAAGUGUUAGCAUAAUUUGGAGAGGGGUUGAGGGAAAGGUGCUUAAAAUCACUGGGGUUGCUGUCAGGAUGGUCCUUGGACUGCUUGAAAGAAGGAUGAUAUUUUUCUUAUUUGCUUUCAUUUCUUGGUACUGAAAACUUCUUUUUCUUCCUCUGAAACACCCAGCAAUUAUUUUGAACAUGAUGAGUUGAAUAGUUCAUUGUAAAUCUGAUAUGAACCAGUGGUUGCAAUAAAUUAUUCCUAAUUUAAAUGGCCAUUGCUGAGAGCAGAUGUUGAUCCAUAUAUGAAUGCACUGGAGAAGCAUAAGUUAUGUAACUUUACCUGAAUAAAUACUUGUGGCUUGUAAUUUACACCUCUGCCAGUCUCCUUAGUCUGUAGCUCUUGGAUGUGUUGGGUGAUUUUGCUGAUAAUAACGUGCAUCCCUUGAUUCUGUGUUGUGUCUCUGAAAGAAUGUGUUGGACCCUGGAACUGAAAUUUCAGCUUCACUCAAAUGUGGUGUUGUGAGGUCCCUGGGACGAGGUGAGAGAUGAGAAUUUGGCUCCAAGU